UGCAUUUCCCUUCCCCUGUCAGCCUAUGACACACUUUCUCUCCUUUUUUCUCUCGACUCCCCCGGCCUCCGGACUCCUGCCCGGGUGGAGCAUAGCCCCUACCGGCCCUGCAGCCCCCGGCGGGCGGCGCCCCUCGGACCUCCCGGGCGGCGGGGACCACGGCCCGGGGUGCCGGGAGGAAGCCGGCGGCCUGCGCGGAGGAGGCGCCCCGAGUGGCCAGCGGAGCAUGAGCGCCCCAGGUUCUGGCCACCGCAACUGCACGUCCAGAAGGCGGCUGGCUCAGGGAAGGACAAGCACCAGCCGUGGGGAGUGACAGUCAGUCCUCGAAAACAGGAGAGCAGCUGCCAUCUGGAACACCUACUCCAUGCCAGGCCUGCCGAGGUGGCUACACUGGCCACCCUGGUCCCUGGAGGAAGCAUCUCCACCGCAUGGGGCCCACUUGUGACACAUGCCUAGUACAACCUCCUGUGUCUGUGAAGGGCAGCAAGGAAUGCUCUCUGGUCCAUCCAUACCUGCUUGUCUUCCCACUAUAUUGACAAACUGAUCCUUAAGUUCAUAUGGAAUUGCAAGGGCCUGUGAAAACCCAAAACAACAUUAAAAAGGAGGAACAAGGAGGAGGGCCAGCGAUGGACGACUACAUGGAGACGCUCAAGGACGAGGAGGACGCCUUGUGGGAGAACGUGGAAUGCAACCGGCACAUGCUGAGCCGCUACAUCAACCCCGCCAAGCUCACCCCCUACCUGCGCCAGUGCAAGGUCAUCGACGAGCAAGACGAAGACGAGGUGCUGAGUGCCCCCAUGCUGCCAUCCAAGAUCAACCGGGCAGGCCGACUGUUGGACAUUCUGCAUACCAAGGGCCAAAGGGGCUACGUGGUCUUCUUGGAGAGCCUGGAAUUCUACUACCCAGAACUGUAUAAACUGGUGACUGGCAAGGAGCCCACCCGGAGAUUCUCCACCAUUGUGGUGGAAGAGGGCCAUGAGGGCCUCACGCACUUCCUGAUGAACGAGGUCAUCAAGCUGCAGCAGCAGAUGAAGGCCAAGGACCUGCAGCGGUGCGAGCUGCUGGCCAAGUCACGGCAGCUGGAGGAUGAGAAGAAGCAGCUGACGCUGACCCGGGUGGAGCUGCUGACCUUCCAGGAGCGGUACUACAAGAUGAAGGAGGAGCGGGACAGCUACAACGACGAGCUGGUCAAGGUGAAGGACGACAACUACAACUUGGCCAUGCGCUACGCCCAGCUCAGUGAAGAAAAGAACAUGGCGGUCAUGAGGAGCCGAGACCUCCAGCUCGAGAUCGAUCAGCUGAAACAUCGGUUGAACAAGAUGGAGGAGGAAUGCAAGCUGGAGAGGAAUCAGUCGCUGAAACUGAAGAACGACAUCGAGAAUCGGCCCAAGAAGGAGCAGGUUCUGGAGCUGGAGCGAGAGAAUGAGAUGCUCAAGACCAAAAUCCAGGAGCUGCAGUCCAUCAUUCAGGCCGGGAAGCGCAGCCUACCUGACUCAGACAAGGCCAUCCUGGACAUCCUGGAGCAUGACCGCAAGGAGGCCCUGGAGGACCGACAGGAGCUUGUCAACAAGAUCUACAACCUGCAGGAGGAGGUCCGCCAGGCAGAGGAGCUGCGGGACAAGUACCUGGAAGAGAAGGAAGACCUGGAGCUGAAGUGCUCGACGCUGGGGAAGGACUGUGAAAUGUACAAGCACCGCAUGAACACCGUCAUGCUGCAGCUGGAGGAGGUGGAGCGGGAGCGGGACCAGGCCUUCCACUCCCGGGAUGAAGCGCAGACUCAGUACUCACAGUGCUUGAUCGAAAAGGACAAGUACAGGAAACAGAUCCGUGAGCUGGAGGAGAAGAACGACGAGAUGAGGAUCGAGAUGGUCAGGCGGGAAGCCUGCAUCGUCAACCUGGAGAGCAAGCUCCGGCGCCUGUCCAAGGACAGCGGCAGCCUGGACCAGAGUCUGCCCAGGAACCUGCCCGUGACCAUCAUCUCUCAGAACUUCGGGGAUGGCAGCCCCAGGACCAACGGCCAGGAAGCUGAUGACUCUUCAACCUCGGAGGAGUCGCCAGAAGACAGCAGAUACUUCCUGCCCUACCACCCGCCCAAGCGCAGGAUGAACCUGAAGGGCAUCCAGCUGCAGAGGGCCAAGUCCCCAAUCAGCCUGAAGCGGGCCUCAGACUUCCAAGGACGGAGCCAUGAAGAAGACGGCCUGGACGCCAGCCCCAGCUCCGCCCGAUCCCUGCCCAUCACCAGCUCCUUCUCCAAGAUGCAACCCCAUCGGAGCCGUUCCAGCAUCAUGUCCAUCACUGCCGAGCCCCCAGGAAAUGACUCCAUCGUCAGACGCUAUAAGGAAGAUGCACCUCAUCGGAGCACAAUUGAAGAGGACAAUGACAGCAGUGGAUUCGACGCCUUAGACCUUGACGAGGACAGUCACGAGCGCUACUCCUUCGGACCCCCCUCCAUCCACUCCUCCUCCUCCUCCCACCAGUCCGAGGGCCUGGACGCCUACGACCUGGAGCAGGUCAACCUCAUGUUUAGGAAGUUCUCUCUAGAAAGACCCUUCCGGCCGUCUGUCACGUCCGUGGGGCACGUGCGGGGUCCCAGUGUCUCAGUACAGCAUGCGACGCUGAGCGGCGACAGCCUCAUCUCCCAGCUAACCCUGCUCGGGGGCAACGCACGUGGGAGCUUCAUCCACGCGGUUCAGCCAGGCUCCCUGGCUGAGAAGGCAGGCCUCCACGAGGGCCACCAGCUGCUGCUGCUAGAAGGCUGCAUCAAAGGCGAGAGGCAGAGUGUCCCCUUGGACACAUGCACGAAGGAGGAGGCGCACUGGACCAUCCACAGGUGCAGCGGCCCCAUCACAUUGCACUACAAAGCCAACCAGGAAGGGUACCAGAAGCUGCUGAAGGACAUGGAGGAGGGCCUGAUCACAUCAGGGGACUCGUUCUACAUCCGGCUGAACCUGAACAUCUCUAGCCAGCUGGACGCCUGCUCCAUGUCCCUGAGGUGCGACGACGUCGUGCACGUCCGUGACACCAUGUACCAGGACAGGCAUGAGUGGCUGUGUGCGCGGGUCGACCCAUUCACAGACCAUGACCUGGACAUGGGCACCAUACCCAGCUAUAGCCGAGCCCAGCAGCUCCUCCUGGUCAAGCUGCAGCGUCUGAUGCACAGGGGCAGCCGGGAGGAAGCGGACACCGCCCACCACACCCUGAGGGCACUCCGGAACACGCUGCAGCCCGAAGAACCGCUUUCCACCAGUGACCCCCGGGGCAGUCCCCGCCUCUCGCGAGCAAGUUUCCUCUUCGGCCAGCUCCUUCAGUUCGUCAGCAGGUCUGAGAACAAGUACAAGCGGAUGAACAGCAACGAGCGAGUCCGCAUCGUCUCGGGCAGCCCUCUUGGGAGCCUGGCCCGGUCCUCGCUGGAUGCCACCAAGUUCUUGACUGAGAAGCAGGAAGAGCUGGACCCUGAGAGUGAGCUGGGCAAGAACCUCAGCCUGAUCCCCUACAGCCUGGUGCAUGCCGUCCGCUGUGAGCGCCGCCGGCCCGUGCUCUUCACGCCCACCAUGCUGGCCAAGGCACUGGUCCAGAAGCUGCUCAACUCGGGCGGCGCAAUGGAGUUCACCAUGUGCAAGCCAGAUGUUGUCACAAGAGACGAGUUCCUCAGAAAGCAGAAGACAGAGACCGUCAUCUACUCCCGAGAGAAGAACCCCAACACUUUCGAAUGCAUCGUUCCUGCCAACAUCGAGGCUGUGGCGGCCAAGAACAAGCAUUGUCUGCUGGAGGCUGGAAUCAGCUGCACCAAAGACUUGAUUAAGUCCAGGAUUUAUCCCAUUGUACUCUUCGUCCGGGUGUCAGAGAAGAACAUCAAGAGAUUCAGGAAGGUGCUGCCGAGGCCCGAGACCGAGGAGGAGUUUCUGCGCCUGUGCCGGCUGAAGGAGAGGGAGCUGGAGGCCCUGCCCUGCCUGUAUGCCACGGUGGAGGCCGACAUGUGGGGCAGCAUGGAGGAGCUGCUUCGCGUCAUCAAAGACAAGAUCGGCGAGGAGCAGCGCAAGACGGUGUGGGUGGACGAGGACCAGCUGUGAGCGUGCACCUGCAUCCCAGCGGGACUCGGGGGCGGUAUCUGGACCCCCAGCAGUGUAGCGACGGCAUCCUGUGGCCCACAGAGCUGCCCUAGCCCAGGGGCUCCCCUACCCAGUUAUGGGGCCCCUCCAGGGAACCCCAGGGGGAGGAUGCAGCUGUGGGGACACACUCAGGAGGGAGCAGGGGGCCAUUGUCCCCUCAGGGCUGGCCCAGCUGAGUCGUCCUGCCCUGCUGGCAUUAGCAGGAGGCAGGGCCCCACAAAGGACACAAAGCCAGGCCCGAGGUCAGCAGCCCCUCAGGAGCCAGAGCAGCAGCUGAAUGUAACGCAUGGAACAAGUGUGCUAUGGAGGGCAAGGACCCUGAACACCAGGGCACCACCGGCCCUCGGGACACACGAUAUGCACAUUCCCAGGCAGGACAGAUGGGGGUGGAAAGGGAAGCAUGCCAUGCUAUUAUUUUUCUUGCAUUAAAAUUUCUCCAUUUCCUUGUUUUCAACCUUUUUUAUUAAAUUUACUAGUUUGCAGGUGUUUUCAUUUCUUGCAACUUUCCUGACCUGCAAACCACCCCAGAAAGCUUAGUUCAGACCCUGUGUCACAUGUAGGGUGAAGGUAGGGUGACAGUACAUCCAGUUUUCUGAGGAUGGUCUUCAUUAGACCUGAAUUUGGCCUUUACUUAAUAGCAGCCCCAUUGGUUAAGAUGCAUGAUGAUUUGAAUGGUAAAAUAUACCAUCGCUCUGGGAAAGGCCCAGCUUUUCAUAGGUGCUUGGAAGGUCUUGCUGUUUAUUCCCCUGCACCUCUGACUCCCACCCUGAGCAGGCCGCCUUACUGAGCUCUUCACCUGCAUGUUCUCCACUCUGUGCACGGAGUGUUCCUACAUGCAGCCUCACUGCAUCCUUCAGCUCAGGAGGUAGCAUGUGCAGGAAGCCCUCUGGGGGUUUGCUUGCCCUGCCCAGAAGCUGCCCUCCACAGCAGACAGUAGAGACCCUGUGGAUUCUAGAACCACUCUUAAUGCCCCCUUAAUGUAGACUUUCCAAGUUUGGGCCCAGUGGGGUUCCAAAGCAGACCAGGUCACCUGGCACCAUCCUGAAUAUUCAGUAGUUGGUAGGUCCAGUUGAGGUCUGUGUUUGUGGAAACUGUGGGUGUUGCUGUGUGCACAUCUAAAAGACAUAUUUCCCAGCCUCCCUUACAGCUGCAGUAAUCACAGAAAUGUAAGGCAAGUUUGGAGGAGAGACAAAGCAGAUAAACAGCCCUCCUUCCAGUUUCCUGCCUGGGAUACAGAUGUAAUGGCUGGAGCUCCAGCAGUCAUCUUGGAUCUUGAGGUGACCUUAAAGGAACCCUACACAGAGCGUACGUGGUGGAGCAGAAAAACAGAAGGAGCCAGAGGCACUGAUGACACUUCAGAGCCCAGGACUACUGCUUGGGUUUCCUUUACAUGAGGCUGAGAUAAACUUUUAUCUUGUGUUAAAUGGCUAUAUCAGUUUUCAGUUACUUGGGGCCUGAAGCAAUCCCUAACAGAGGUAGGAGCAACCCUUAGUUUCAAAUCCCAUGGGCAUGAGUUGAUCCUCUGCUAGGUUUUUGCCACAUGUUCAAGAUACGAAUUAUG